AUGCCCUUCCCGCGAGCGCGCGAGCCGCUGAAGCUCCGCGUGCAGCGGGGGCGCACCGCGUCGCGUCUGUUGCAGGCGGCGAGCCUGGCGGGCAUCGCGCUGCUUCUGGCGGUCGCGCCGCGCGGGGAGGACAAGCCGCUGGCCGCCCUGCUGGCGCGCCCGCCGCCGCACAUCAUCGUGUCCGAGGUGGCGCGCCUCGUCUUCUGCCCGGUGCCCAAGGCCGCAAGCAGCAACUGGAAGUACCUCAUCCGCCGGUGGGAGCGCGUGCCGGACUUUGCCAACCUGUCGCGCGCGCACCGCCCGGCCACGUCGGGCCUGCGCUACCUCGCCGACUACGCACCCGCGGAGGCCGAAGCUAUCCUGCGUGACCCCACCUACUUCCGCUUCGUCUUCGUCAGGGAGCCGUACGCGAGGCUGCUCUCGUGUUAUAUGGACAAGUUUCGCAAUACAGACCCGGAAUACGUCCGCGCCGAGUACCGCACCUUCCUGGCAGCACUCAAGGGCUGGACCUUUGCCAGGGACGUCGACGUGGAGCGCGACCCGCGCUUGACCUUUGCCCACUUUGUCCAAGCCGUCGCGGAUAUGCCCGUGCAGGACAUGAACGCUCACUGGAUGCCGCAGACCGCCUAUUGUGCCAUUGGCGUCUUGCCGUAUGACUUUGUUGGACGCAUGGAAAACUUGAAGCAGGACGUCGACUAUGUCUUUCGCAGACUUGGCCGCGUGGGCAAUCGCUUUCCGACUCAGAACCAGAUUGGCUUCCCGCCGUCUGGCGCCUCGCCAACGCUUGCCGACGAGCUCUAUGAUAACGACCUGCGCGCUAAAGUGCGCGCCAUUUACGAGCCUGACUUUCGCAUUCUGCGCUACACCUGA